UUUCGAGGGGUUUGAUAAAUUGAUAAUGGCCGAUUUAGCUUCAUAAUAAUGUUGUAUAGAAGAUGUUCCAUCCGAAAUGUGGGGAGCAUGUCAGAUUAAGUAACGAAAAUAGGACUGCAACAAGAAUAGCCUCGGAAUUCAAUCACGGUCUUGUGUUUAGCAGUGAACCUCUGCUUGAUGAAGAAUUGUUUGAAAUUAGAAUAGAUAAGAAGACUGAAUCUUGGAUCGGAAGCUUGGAGAUCGGGAUAACAACCUGUGAUCCUAACAUUUUGAUUAUACCUGCAAGUGCUAUUGAAUUAAAUAGUGGGACAUGGAUUCUCUCAGGAAAAUCAGUCCUUCAGGAUGGUUGCACCUUACUGGAAAUGUAUCCUUUAAAUUUGGACAAAAUCACAGAAGGAGAAACAGUUGGGGUGUUGAGGUCAAAAACUGGUGACCUGGAAUUUUUUUAUAAUGGUGUUUCUCAUGGUCCAGCAGCAACUAAUAUUCCCAGCAACGUGUAUGCUGUUGUUGUUGUGUACGGGAACGUCUCACAAAUCACUGUCCUUCAAAAGAACAGAAUUAUUGACAGUAUUGAUUUAGGAGAUCUUGAAAUAGAAGAAGUAACAAUGGCUCAAAGCUCUGAAGCUUCAGCCAUUCCCCUAACCCAAGAAAGACCUGCGGAAAGGCUCAGGUUUCAUGAAAGAACUGGUAGUCUUGUUAAACUCUCUUGUAAUGGGAGAGCUGCUGAAAGAAUAAAACCUUUAGAUGAGUUUAAUAAUGCUGUAGUUAUGAGUAAAAAGCCUUUAGUAGCAGAUACUCUUUUUGAGAUCCGCAUAGACGUAUUAGUUGAUAAGUGGUCGGGUAGUAUUGAGGUUGGUGUUACUACUCAUGAUCCUGCUGUCAUAGAAUUUCCAACAACUAUGACUAAUAUGGGUAGCGGAACAAUAAUGAUGUCAGGAUGUGGUAUCCUUACUAAUGGUAAAGGAACCAAGCGGGAGUAUGGCGAAUUCAAUCUAGAUGAACUGAGGGUAGGAGAUAGGAUCGGUAUGCUAAGGAAAAGUAAUGGUGAUCUCCAUUACUUUAUAAACGGUUUAGAUCAAGGUAUCGCAGCAUCAAGGGUACCCGCUAAAGUAUGGGGUGUGGUUGACCUUUAUGGAAUGACAGUUAAGGUGACGAUUGUUGACCGGGAUGAAAGAGAAGAACAAAAUUUAAUUACUAGACGGAAUACAGUUCUUCGGGAGACAGUCACAACAUCAUUAAAUGACAUUCCUGAUGAAGAUUCAGAUGAUAGAUUAAUGUUCCAUUCCAGCUGCGGAUCUCAUGCUGCUGUCAUUAACAAUGGCAGAACUGCUCAUAGGCCAAAUGCCCUGGAUGAAUUCAACAAUGCUGUUAUUCUUACAAAUAGACCUUUGAAGAUGAAUGAAGUAUUUGAAGUUAGAAUUGAUAAAAUGGUCACUAAAUGGGCUGGUUCGAUUGAAAUUGGAGUUACUACACAUGCUCCAACUAAACUUGAAUAUCCUUCCACAAUGACAAAUGUGAGAUCUGGCACAUGGAUUAUGACUGGUAAUGGAGUUAUGCAUAAUGGAACUUCAGUGAUUGAUGAUUAUGGGCAGAAUUUAGAUAAAUUGCAGGCUGGAGAUAGAGUUGGCGUGGUGAUUCGUGAAGGAGGUACCUUGCACUUCUUAGUCAAUGGUGAAGACCAAGGAGAAGCUGGAACUGGACUACCAGGAAAUCUUUAUGCUGUUAUAGAUUUAUAUGGUCAAGCAACACAGGCCACAAUUGUUUCUCACUGUCCAUCUUGUUCUCCUACAACUCCUACACCUACUGCUAAUUCACCAUUCUUUCCAGAAAUCCAUUUUCAUAGUGUACAUGGAAGAAAUGCAAGAAUUACCAAUGGUGGCAAGACUGCAUCUCGUCCAAGGGCUCUCGUUGAAUUCAAUGAUGCCAUAGUUAUUACAAAUAGACCAUUGCGACCAGGAGAAAUGUUUUGUGUUGUUAUUGAAAGAAUCGUUGACAGGUGGUCCGGAUCAAUUGAAGCUGGAGUUACAGCAAUUAAACCAGACGAACUGGAGCUUCCUGGUACCAUGACUGAUAUUGACCAUGACACUUGGAUGUUAUCUGGUUUUGCUGUAAUGAAAGAUGGUAUACCCUUGAAGCAUGGAUAUCCAUUAAAUCUUGAUAAAAUUAAAACUGGUAGUAUUAUUGGACUUAAGCGCCAUGAUGAUUCAUCUCUGCAUUAUUAUUUGGAUGGCGUAGAUCAAGGAGAAGCCUGUACAGGGCUUCCUAACUUAGUUUAUCCAGUAAUUGACUUGUAUGGACAAUGUGCUCAGGUUUCUAUUGUCAGUAAUGCUGAGCCAACAUUGGAAAUUGAUGAUUUAAGUGUUCAGCAGGUAGAAAGCCAUGUACAGUCAGAAUCAACAGUACUUCCAACUUCUCAACCUUUGCACAAGUGGCACGAUACCUGUGGCAAAGCCAUACGUAUGACAGAAAAUUUGAUUAGCCGACCUCCAGAAAUAUCUUGUGCUGGUAUUGCAUUGAGUGAGGUAAUGUUGUGCCCCGGUGAGCUGUGGGAGGUCUCUAUAGAAGGGUUCCUUCCUCAGUGGGCUUCCUCUCUAUUUUUUGGUGUCACUCAAUUUUCUCCUUCUCCUGAACCUCUACCCCAUUCCAUAAGCUCAAUUAAACAACCUACAUGGUAUAUUCAUGGAAGUGAUUUUUAUUAUUGUGGAGAUAUUGUCAAGCCUCACUAUUGUUCUUCCCUUGACUGGCUAAGACCUGGAAACCGAAUCGGUGUUAAAAGAUGUUUAGAUUCUUCAUUGCACUUUUAUAUUGAUGGCCAUGACCAGGGAAUAGCAGCCACAAAUGUUCCUAAGAAAAUCUUUGGCGUUAUAGAACUGCAUGGAUCAACAUCAGGUGCAAAACUAAUCAGUAAGAGUUUGAUUCCUCUAAACGGAGAUGCUCCACUAGCUGAGAUUGAGUCAUCUCAAUGUGAUAAACAUACUGAUGAAGAUUAUGAAACUGUAAAGAGAACUGAAGACAUGGAUAAAAGUAUAGAAGAUGGAGAACUCCUAUCUGAAAUACAUGAUUUAGAAAUUGCUCCUCUUUUGUUUCACGACUGUCAUGGACGAAACGUGCAAAUAUCUGAGAGUCGCCUUGCAGCAAAACGUGUAUCAAGUUACAAUCAAGGUCUUGUUUUGUGUAUGAGAACAGUCCCACGUGGUACUUUAUUUCAGAUCAAAAUUGAAUCAUUGAAUACUAGAUGGGUUUCUUCAUUAAGUAUUGGAAUGACAACUGAAUCGGUUGUUGGGUAUACUUUACCUGUGACAGCUCUUGGUCUCAAGAAAGAUACAUGGGUCAUCAGUGGUGACACUGUUUUUCAUAAUGGCCAUAAAGUCAAGCCCAGAUAUGGUGCGAAUUUAGACAGUCUUUCUGCUGGAAAAACCCUUGGAAUUAUGGUGGAUGAAGAAAAUCAGUUGCGAUUGUUUAUUAAUGGCGUUGAUCAAGGUGUUGCUGCCACUAAUAUCCCUGCUACAACUUGCUUGCCUUUGGUAGAUCUUUAUGGAAUGUGUGAUCAGGUUUGUAUAGUUGGCGAAAGUGGAAGUUGGCCUGAAAGUCCGGUAGAAGAUCAUGUAUGGGCUGAAACUAGAGAGAAGGGGAAUCUUGAAGUGAGAGAAAAACCUGGAGCCUUGCGUUCAAAAUCAGAUAAAAUUAAUGAAAACAUUCAGUGUAGCAGUCACACAUCACCUAGUGCUAAUGCUGCAAAUACAUUGCUUUUAGAAAAACGAAGCUUGAAUGAGAGCUUUAAAUCACCGACUGUAGCUGUGAGGUCUCUGGGUAGCAGCUUGGCGGUAACACCUAUUUCUCCUGUUUCUUUUAAGCAGCCAACUUGUGAAUACCUAUCGGCGUGCGUUCGACUCAAAACAUCAUUAGGCCUUCCAAGUGGAUAUUUUAGAAAAGAAGUUAUGUGCUUUUGCUGUGGUUGUUGUUCUACUCUUCGGUUAGGGAAGCCAGAUAUCCCACAAGGCUGGACCAUUAUACCGUUAAGGAGGAGAGGUGAAGCACAGUUAACAGAUACAUGGCAUGUUGCUUAUUUUACCACUCAUAUUGGAAAUAUUAGAAAAAUACUAGAUCUCGGCGAAGUUAUCCUUCCAGAUGAAUAUGAUUAUUUGGGAGAUAUUCAGAGGAGAGUUGAUAGAAAAAUGGAUGAUUCUGUUUCUACCAAACUAACACUCUCUCCUUCAUUGAGCAGUCCAAGUUUUUUGCAUAAGCAUCAGUAUGUUGAUCCAAAAACCAAAGAACAAUUAUUAGCAUUUGCUGCUAUUGAAGUGCUUGUCCGCCCAGGCUCUUAUAAAAUCGCUUCAGAAACUGAAUGGGUAACAAAGGAGAGAAAUUCUACUUCUCUCUCUGCACUACUUCUUCGUCUCGAUUCACCUUCUUGAAACUGCUUGAAAAUCUCAUAAGUGCAAGCUUUGAAAUGGUGCUUAAUUGUAAUGCUAAGAACUAAAACUAUUUUAGUUGUAAAAACAUUUUUUUAUAUAUAUGUUUGUCGUGUUUUAAAUUAUUAUAAUUUUAAACUAUAUUUCUCAAAUAUAAUGUUCAGUGUGCUCUAAUUUAA